AUGCGUUCGAGCGACUCCAUUCACGCCGUCGCUGGCAAUGGUAGGACGCAUCACCGGCGCAAGACUCCGAAGCGCUUCCACUGCGAGCUCUGUCAGAAGCAUUUCGGCCGACUGGAACACCUCCAACGCCACCAAAGAACAUACACAAGAGAGGCCAUUUGCGUGUGCAAUCUGCCCCUCUCGGUUUACAAGAAGGUGAGUGACUUGUUGAUUCGCCAUGGGCGAUUAUCUCACAACAAGAGCAGCACCGGUCGUGACCUACCACCAAGCGAGAGCCCUCUUGAUAGUGGCCCAUUCUCGGAGCCUGUGCUAGCGACGACCGCUGCGAGCCCUACCACCGACUUCCAGCCUCCACCGAUGGGAGUCAACGACGCCGCCGUCCACACCCUUGACGGGCAAUCUCAAGAGUGUCGCAUGGACGUUCUCCCAGUAGAUGCACGAGAAGACGACUGCCAUGGUGCUUUCACAGGGGACACACGCCACGGCAGUGCCGCAUUGGCCGGCAUUUCCGUUGAGUCAGGCAGCAGCGAGAAUGCUCAACCAGCGCCGGUGUCUCAGCUCACGCCCUCGGUCAUUGACCCCGAUCUCCUACCCGAGCCGGACGAGACAGAUAUGGACUUUUACACGUUUAACAGCUUUGCCAAUUUCCUUGAAACUGCGCCGUUGCCAUCCUUCUAUUUCUCGUCGCUCCUCACAACGGAACAGCCGCUGCCAUUCUUUUCACCACCAGACUGCGGCGAAGCACGCGAUGAGCUGGACAUUGGACGCCAAGCAAUCGCUCACGAGCGACACGAGGGCAUUAUCGAGGAGCCUGAUUCGUUUUCACGACUGGGAUCGAGACUGCCAUCUUUGCAGCCAGAGGAGCCACGGACACAAUCACGCACGGUAUUCGAAACGGCUCUCGGACUUGUCGAAUGGAGACAGACAGCUACUGCAGCUGGCCGUCUCGGAGUUCGAUGCUGUGUUACAGGGCUUUCGACUUCCAACACGCCUGACACUGGCGCGCUACGUGCGCGGCUACAUCGACGGCUUCCACGAGCACCUGCCGUUCCUCCACGUUCCCUCAAUGAGCGUUACAACAUGUUCCGUUGA